AUGAACUCCAUGUCCACUACAAUCUACACCGAGCUCGAUCCCAGCGGCCAGACCUCACUGCUUUUACUCUGCAAACCCACCCUAAAUGCCACAACCGAGCAACCCUCUACGCGCGACCCUCUCUCCGCCCACAAAGGCAAACAAUUCACCGAGGUCCGUCUAGAAAAUCUCGCCAUCGACACCCUUGAGCUCGAUACCUUCCUCGGCACUCAAAGCAAAGAACUCAAGAAAGUCGAGUUUAUCAACACACACAUGCACUUCCUCUCUACCCGCGACAACAUCGGUGAAUCCUGUGCCUUGUUGUCCAAAAUCGCCGGUUUGCUUACCCACACCCUCGAGGUCCAGAGUUUUGAGAUCAAAAACUUGAUUGUGCAUUACAACGACACCAUCUCUGCCAGCGUCACUUACACAGAAAAUUGGGAGGGAGUCAACGAAGUUCGCGUAGGAUUCGCGGAGUUGGUUGCACAGAUUAAGGAACGUGGAAACAGAGGUCUGAUGCAAGGGCAAGAAGUGACCAAAAAGCCUCAGUCCAGCUUCAUCGAGAUGGAAAGAUGGGAGGACGAGUAUGGGUUUGCUGGAGAGGAGAGUGAUGGUGACGUCUACGAGCACAGUGAAGAUGAAGAUGAAGAUUGGGAAAUGUGA